CUUUAAGAGGUGCGCUCGAUGACGUCACUUCACCGGAGGACAAAGCAAACAGCAGCUGGAUACUAUGACACAUUCAUCAAACAUGGAGGAUUUUUUCAAAACGGUGGGCGAGGUGAGAAGGCUCAUUGAAAAAAUCUCCUGUCAAACAGAGGAAGUGGAGAGGAGACAAGGCACCAUCCUCUCUUCUUCAAACCAAGAAAAAGAAAACAAAGGUAAGCUGGAGCUGCUGAACAACGAGACCAAAACAAACGCCAACCUGGUCAGAGCCAUGUUAAAAUUAAUGCAGAUAAACUUGCCAGCAGAUGACAACAGUACGUGUGUCUCAGUAAUCCAUCGUAUUCAGAGGAAUCAGCACUCACACCUGACCCGCUGGUUUGCUGAAGUCAUGAGGGGUCACCAUAAGGCUCAGGUCUCCUUUCGAGAAAAAUGCAAAGCGAAAAUUCAGAGACAGCUGGAGAUCGUGGAUAAAGUGACAACAGAUGAUGAACUGGAGGAGAUGCUGCAAAGGGACAAUCUGACCAUCUUCAUAUCUGAUAUUACCUCUGACACACGCGUCUCAAGUCAGGCUCUGACUGAGAUUGAAAGUCGUCACCAGGACAUCGUCAGCCUCGAAUGCAGCAUCAAAGAGCUGCAUGAGAUAUUUGCUGACACGGCCACGCUGUUGGAAAUUCAGGGGGAGUUGAUCAACAACAUAGAAAAGAAUGUCACAAGUGCUGCGGAGUAUGUGGUCGAGUCCAAAGAAGAAACCCAAAAAGCAGUUUCUUACAAGAAAAACCCUUACAAGGUGGUGUCUCUUCCAAAGGUUUUCAAGCCCUUCAGGAAACAAUCCAGUCCUAAAACUACAAAAAAUGAAACUCCACCUCCGUUAAAGCCUUGACUGAGCUGCUGGACCUGGAAGAACACGGGCAGAACCAAACAUUUCUGAUUCAUUUCAAAGCCUCUGCUGUUUGGGAAACAUUUCUUACUAAUUUAUAUUGUUUGUUACCUUUAUGAACCUAUUUUAGAAGGAUGGAGAUAAAGCUGUUGUUUUUACCUCGAACAGGAAAUGUGAAAUACAGCGUUACAAUAUGACCGACUGUGGCUGUUCAAUGGGCAUUUAUACCAAAUGAUAAGGAAAUACUGGAACAUAAAACCAUUUAGUCAAAGUUUAUUUAGAUUUUAGGGCUUCUACUUAGCAUAGUUGGUCAUUUUUUCAAUACUUGGAUUUAGAUUUAUACUUACAUUUGUACUUAGAUUUAGUUGAACAUGUUUGAUUUUAAUAGUAUGAUCUCUGUUAAC